AGCCCCCGAGUAAACAGACUUAACACUCCUCGUGCAAACACGAAGAGUCUCGUCAUGCUAGCUAUCCAGGUUGGUUAGAGUCAUGCAAUGAUUGUGAAUAUUUCAUUGUUCCCUUUGACCUUGGACAGGAUGAUUUAUCCGAGCAUGUACGGAUCUAGAAUUGCAUCAUCUCAGAAAUCAUACCAGUCAUGACCAUAUGAAUUUCUUGCAUUUCUCCGCCAACAAACCCUGGUCGAUCCUCAAGCCACCCUAGCUCCCGAUAUGGUGCAUGGUCAUGGCUAUUGGCAAGGAAAUGACCUCUACCCUCUCCCUCUGAUGUUGAUUUUGCUAACAAACGAGGAAGCAGUAGCCGACCUUGUGGCGUCACUCACAAAAAAUGUUAAAUUAAAUAUGGCAUUGACAAUUCUCGUCAUGAGGAGUAAAAGGACACCAUAGGAGCUGUCAGAAGCUUGAUCUACGCCUUUGAUAUAUUAUAGACAAUUAUACCCUUUAUAAACACUCGUUCGUUCUCCCUCUUCCCCUUUCCGCCCAGCCACAUUCUCUGCCACUAGCUGCCAGCGAGAAUUAAGAGACUGGCAAAGAUGAUUAUUUAGACCUCCUGAAGCUGCCUGUUAAAAUUUCAGAAAACCUAAAAAUUUGACGUUGAGAAAUCAUGUCACUUUACAAGACAAAAUUAAUAUCAUUAUCGUUGUCAUCACUUUCAUGGUAAAGUUACAGUUACACACAGUCACUUACACCCACAACACCGGCCACGGAGAUGGUCCGCAGCUUGCUGUCUUCCCUAAAAUGUGCGGCAAAUGCUCAUAAACUAAUCAGCCAGCGAGGAAUUCACCAGUCACACAUGGCAUCUUCCCAUGUGACUGUGAAUGGUCUGAACCUGCGAUAUGAAGUGGCAGGUUCAGGCAGCAAGGUGGGCCUCUGUCUUCCUGGAGCACUGGGUUCCAUCAAAUCCGAUUUUGGACCACAGCUAAGUUCCCUUGCUGGGGAGGAGCUGACCCUGGUGUGCUGGGACCCCCCAGGCUAUGGGCAAAGUCGCCCUCCACCACGCAAGUUCUCCAAUGACUUUCUGAGACAGGAUAGCACAAUUGCAGCCCAAAUGAUGAAAAUAUUGGGUUAUGACAAGUAUGCUUUGCUGGGCUGGAGUGAUGGUGGAAUCACUGCCCUGAUGAUGGCUGCUGCAUUCCCUCAGCAAGUGUCAGAGUUGGUGGUGUGGGGAGCCAAUGCUUACCUCACAGAGAAAGAUAUUGGCUUAUAUAAUAAGGUCCGCGACGUGAACCAGUGGUCAGAGAAGAUGAGGGCACCACUUGAGGCCAUAUAUGGAAAGGAAGACUUCAAAAAGACGUGGGAAGGCUGGGUUGAUGCCCUAGCCAAGAUAUAUCAAGAAGAGAAUGGAGACUUGUGUAAAACUGACUUAGACAAGAUUUCCUGCCGCACUCUCAUCAUUCAUGGCAACAAGGAUCCUCUCGUGCCCCGGGAACAUCCUGACUACCUUCACUCCAAAAUCAAGGGAUCACAAUUGGUUUGUAUGGAAGAUGGAAAACAUAAUAUUCACCUGAGAUAUGCUAAAGAAUUCAACAAACUUGUUAAUGAAUUUCUUUUUGAUAAGAAUUUUCUAGUGAAGCCUGAUGGUAAAAUUUAAUACUGUACCUGCACAAAAGAUUUUUUAUUGCAUUGUUUAUAAUGUUGAGACACAUUGUUAAGAGGAAAGUAUCCUCAUGCACAUUGUAACCUUGUUGUCACUCUAUUUCCUCUUGGCCACUAUCAGAAAACCUGAUGGAGGCCACUUAACCUGAACUUAGCCUGUCAGCUAAACAAUUUAUGUGGUUACUCUUCUGUACCUUUGGGUAACACUUCAACUCAAACAAUUCUGACUAACUUUCACUUAUCUCCCACUUUUACUUAUUUCAAAUACAAUACAGUUUCAAUACAA